GCUCAGGCAGAGCCACCUUUGUGUGACUGUAGCACAUACCCGCCCGGGCAGCCCCACACCAUGUCGCUCAUGAGGGCCGUCACCAAGGGUCGCAUGACAGCCUCAAGGCUGCCAGCGGUCGCGACACGGACCAGUGCCUUCAUGCCUUCUACGCCCGCUGAAUGGGAAGCUUCAGGCUAUGAGACCUCCAAGAAGAAUGGCGCACCGAAGGUUUAUUCGAUGUGGAACAGGUGGUUCCCCUACGAGCCUGUGCCCUACUCCCCCAAGCUGGGCCCCUACAUUGAGACCGUGGAGAAGGAUCACGUCUACUACUGGUGCUCUUGCGGCGAGGCGACUACGCAGCCAUGGUGCGACAACGUGGGCUGCAAGGACACCAAGUUCAAGCCGAUUGUCUUCAUCCCCUCCGAGAGUGGACGGCAGUACUUCUGCGGAAGCAAGCACAGCCCAUCCAGGCCCCUCUUCAACGGAACCUGCUGGACAAUGUGGAUGGAUGUGAACACCAUCCCAGCUGCCGGCGUCCUGUUUGGCAUCAGCUUCGGCGUUGGCGUGGUCUGCACAUGGCUGGCACAUCCCUGAGAGCUUCGGGCGAGAUCACAUCAGGGGUUGAACGAUUCACAUGGUAGGACACUUAGCAAUACAGCCAUCUUGUUGAUUUUUGCAAUGCAGAUUCUCCCCCGAUGGAUAGAAUCAUCAUGGAACAUCUAAAUUGAACAUG